AUGGAUUUAGCGAUACAUGACAUUCGGAAACCAAGUUACUGGUACUGUGAUGCAUGCAAUCGGGUUCUCUUGCAUGGUGAAUAUCGUUUCAACUGCACAGUCUGUGAUAAUUAUGAUUACUGUAAAACAUGUGUAGAGACAAUUGAUCCACCACAUCCACAUAAAAUGGUACCCGAAUUUGCCUAUGGUCGUGAAGAAACAAGAGAAUGUGCUAAAUUAGAUAUGGCUACUGCAAUCAGGGCAGCAAUAGCAAUGUAUUUCGAUCGGUGUUGCAUGGGUAUACGUGAUGUAGACAAAGAAAAUCCUUCGAUGUAUCUGGAUUCAUAUUCAUGGCAAACAUUUCACACCAUUGGUGAUCGAUCAAAGAAAUUUGGACACGGACUACGAGGUUUAAUUGAACCUCGAGGUUAUCUUUGUAUCUGUGCAAAAAAUAGACCUGAAUGGAUGAUAACCGAUUUCGCAUGUAUAUUUCAGAAUAUUAUUAGCGUACCCAUCUAUACUCUAUUUAAUGAUCGAGAAAUAGCAUAUGCUAUCAAUAAUACCAAUGUAUCUGUUGUUGUUUGUGAUAAACAAAUGUUACCGAGAUUCAUUGAUCUUCAUGUACAAUGUCCGUCACUUCAACAUAUUGUUUGCAUGGAUCCUAUUUCUGAUAUAACACCAAGUACGAUAAACAAUCGACCUUCCCUGCACUAUAUGGGUGAUAUCGAACAAGCUGGCUCCAUCAAACAAUAUGAUUAUGUCAGCAUUGAACCUGAUGAAUGCCUUACAAUUAUAUCGACGAGUGGUAGUUCCGGUUUUCCUAAAAGUGCUAUGGUCUCUGAACGUGCAUUUCGAGCUGGAUUUCCACGAUGGUGCCUACCGUCGUCGAUUGAACGCGUUACGUUGUGUUAUCGUCCAUUGGCAUGGGCAGCUGAUCGCGAUGCAAUUAUUACAACUUUUCUCUGUGGAGGUCAUACAGGUUUCUCCACACAAGAUCCUUCUCGAUUGAUGGAAGAAUUAGCAUUGGUUAGACCAACACAUUUCGGUGCUCCUCCGAGUAUCUGGAACAAAAUAUAUGCCGAGUUCAAAACAUCUCUAGCGUUAGUGACAGCACAAUGUUCACCGGAAGCCAUCCAAUAUGAAGAAAAACGGCUUCUAGAACAAUUCUCAAAACUUAUUCCUAAUCGAUGCAAAUCAAUUGCUAUUGGAAGUGCAAUGGUUAGUCCAGUAGUAUUCGAUUUCAUGAAACGAUGUUUUACACACUGUUCCGUCAAUGAAUCCUAUGGGAUUACGGAAUCUGGUGGCGUAUCUUACAAUAAUAUUAUUGACAGUUCAGUUCAAUAUCGUCUCGAAUCCGUCCCAGAUAUGGGGUACACAAUCGAAGAUAAACCAUUUUCACGAGGAGAACUUCUCGUAAAAACGCAUCAACUCUUUUCCGGAUACAUGAAUAAUUCAGAAGAAACUCGCGCUGCUUUCACAGAAGAUGGAUUCUUUCGCACGGGUGACAUUGUUGAAGUACGUAUGGCUCAAUAUGAUAUACGUGUGGUUGAUCGGAAGAAAAGUUUCUUUAAACUUUCUCAAGGACAAUUUGUAUCACCUGAAUCUCUUCAAAAUAUCUACAUUCAAAGUCCUUUUGUUGAACAAAUCUAUAUCCACGGUGAUCUUCUAUCAGAUCAGGUUUCUGUUGUCGUCGUUCCUAAUCAAAAAUAUGCACAAGCAUUUGCUCUCGCACAUCAGUUAACAAAUUUCGACAUGAAUAAUCCUGAUGAAAAAUUUGCUGAAGCUGUUCUAGAAGACCUCCGUUCAAUCGGUCAAAAAGAAUCACUUCGAAAACAUGAAAUUCCAUCACGAAUCAUUAUUGAUUUUGAACCGUUUACACCUCAAAAUGGUCUUCUGACAUCGUCGAUGAAACAUUGUCGUCAUAAAUUAGCUGCACAUUAUGCUGAUCGACUUAAAUUACCUAGCAGCAUACAACAACGUUUAAAAAACAUGAUUGAAACUGUUACCGGAAAAUCGAUUUCAAUAGGCAGCAGUAAAGAUAAUAUUUUUUUGAAUAUUGGCGGAGAUUCAUUAGCAGCUGUGCGUCUAUCUGAAAUGAUUGAAAAUGAUCUUGGAAUAUCGUUAUCAUUGAACCUACUUUUUGAUCCUCAAAUGAAUUUAGAACGGCUAACAACUUGUAUUCAAGAUCCUUCUCAAUUUCUUCAAUUAACCGUAUCACAAUUAUUAAGUGAUUCUCAGUUGGAUUUGAAUAUCAAAGUUGAUCAACAUAAACACAUUGUUAGUUCUCCUUCAAUGGUUUUCAUAACUGGUACCACCGGAUUUGUGGGGUCUUUUUUACUAGCAGAAUUACUAACAACGUAUCCGUCGAAAUGUAAAUUUGUAUGCCUUGUUCGUUGUGAAUCAUCAAAGAAUUCAUUGGAUCGCAUUCGAAAGAAUAUGUUAUUCUAUCAGAUUUGGAAAGAUGAAUAUGAACAACGAAUCAUUCCAUUGCAAGGUGAUCUUGGAAAGAAUCAUUUUGGAUUAGACGAUGAAACAUAUCAAUCAUUUACUCAUCAAAUUGAUAUCAUCUUUCAUUGUGGUGCAAUAGUUAAUUUUAUUCUUCCAUACAGUCAACUGUAUGGUUCUAAUGUUUGUGGUACUCGAGAAAUUAUUCGUUUUGCUACUUUCAAUCCAUUGUCUUGCAUACCUGUACAAUACAUUUCAACAAUAAGCGUUCUACCUUCUGAUAUAAAUCAAGAGAUAUCAAUUGAUGAAAUUUCUCCUGAACAAUUAAUUGGUGGUUAUGCACAAAGUAAAUGGGUUGCUGAGAAACUUAUUGCUAAAGCAAUUAAUUGUGGUCUAUCAGUUGAUAUUUAUCGUCUCGGGUGGAUAUGCCCAGAUACAAGAACAGGUGCAUGUAAUCAACAUGAUAUUUAUACUUUAUUACUUGCUGGAAUAAUGAAAAACAAUUCCUAUCCAGAAUCCAUACAUCAAUCUCAUUUAAAUGGUUUACCAGUUGAUUUUACUGCAAAAAGUAUUGUAUAUUUGAGUAAUCUUCAAUUGCAUGUGCAUGGAAAUAUUUAUCAUGUGAUGAAUCGAAAUAGUAAUAUCAAAUUUGUUGACAUAAUUGAUGGAAUAUGUAAAUAUGGUAUGGAAUUAGAGAGUGUUGCAUAUGAUGUGUGGAAAAUGAAAAUGGAAUCAAUCGAUAAUCUACAUAAUCCUCUUGAAACUGUAGUGAAAUAUUUCUCACAGAGUAAUUCUACGAAGAGAAAUACGAUAGCUACUGAUCGAUUUUUUAGUGCUAUUUGUGAAUUAGAUGUUCCGUCGCUUGAUGAAAAUUAUAUUUUCAAAUGGUUGAAUUUUAUAAUGAAACAUAUUAUUCGUAAAUAA